AUGCGUCUAUCGGAUGGUCGGAGAACGUUUGUCCAGAGAGAAGACUGGUCGUCUUGGGACGGACAGGGUCUGGGAAGAGCGCUACAUGUAACAACAUCCUUGAUCGGGGGCGAGUUCAAGUCCGAUAUAUGUGGCCAAAGUGUCACCGACAAAUGUCAAAGGGCCACCUGUCAGAGGUUUGGACGAAACGUUGAGAUCAUUGACACUCCAGGACUGUUUGAUACGGGCAUGUCCAAUGCCGACGUCACCAGGGUGGUGGUGAAAUGUGUUGGGAUGGCUGCACCUGGACCACAUGCCUUCGUUAUGGUUGUCAGGGUCGAUCGAUUCACGAAAGAGGAACAAGACACAGUGGAACACUUCAAGAAUGUCUUUGGAGAAGGUAUGAUGAAGUACCUCAUGAUUCUAUUUACCCGAAAGGAUGAACUGGAUUGUUGCGGCAAAACUAUUGAGAAAUAUCUGGAAGACGGCAGGUCCGAGGAGAGGAAUGAGGCAGUUCAAAGGUUUCUGGACAUGGUGGACAGGAUCCACUCUAACAAUUUUGGUGAGGUCUACACAAAUGACAUGUACAAGGAAGCUGAGAAGGGUAUGCUGAAGAGGGAGGAACGGCUCAGACAGGAAAAUGAGGCUGAAGUAAAUAAGCUGAAGAAAAAGAUUGAAGAGGAAUAUCAGACCAAGAUGACAACAAUGGAAGAGGCUCAGACUGACAAGAUCGCUCAACUCGUUCAGCAGUUAAGCAUUAAAGAACAGCAGAAGGGGCAACAGCUAGAAAUGGAGAAAUUGAAAAUGGAAAUAGAGAAACUGAGACUGCAUAUGGAAAUUGAUCUUCAGAAGGAACGACAGCGUCUGGAACUGGAAGCCGAACGGAGGAAGGUUUAUUGUGAGGCUAAUCCUCCAAAUUAUCGAGAAACGGCUAGAAAAGAGGUCAGCAAUGAAGGAGAGAUGGUGAUGGAUCUUAUCAAGGGUGUUGUGAAGCUGGUUGGACCCGAAUUACUUGCAAUAGGUUUAGGUAAAAUGAGAGAAUAUUAUGCCAGUAAGCCGUCAGUUGCCCCUGUGAGAAAUGAAUCUGAUAGAGCUGAAUCACCUGUUGAUAACCCACAGGUUACAGAUAAAACCAGCAGGAAGGACGAAGCCAAAUAG